AUGGUCUUUAAGCCCUUCAAGCCGCUCUCGAUAAGGAAGCCACCUCAGCCUGCCGAUCCAACCCAAAAACCAUCCAUAAAGCCUCUCGAAACCGAUGACGGCCCGCCUGCAAAGCGGCCACGACUGUUUUCCCAGGAUACAAGCAACACUGAGAACACGCGUACUACGUUAGCGAACCAGAGGAAACCUUUGAUUCAGGUCACUAAUGUUAGCGAGGCGUCUGCCCUUACUAGCGGCGGAAGUGGCGAUGGAAGUGCAUAUGUAGACUCAUCCUUGCCUGAGGCGAGGCGGAAACCCACCACAAAAAAGAACAAGAUUUGGGACGGCGACGGGAUUGUCUCAGUGCGAGAUGGAUACGUCUAUCUGCAGGAUAUCUCGGGGAGGGCUAUGGGCCGGGCGAUGUAUGGUUCUGUCCUGAAGCCGGGCGUCAUACUUUCGGUCGGAGGAAAAGAAGUUGAAAUUGAUACGGAGAUUCCCAAGGAAGAGUAUCUCUCUGGGAAGCGGUCUUUAAUGACUAAAACCGAGGCCCCGACGCCGCCAUCGCUUACAAGGCCAUUACCAUCAAAGAAGACGUCUGUUCCCGUGCUGAUGAGCCGGGAGAAAGAUAUAUCUCGAUCCGAAAUAUCAGCACCUAGUCCGGGACUGGCCGAGACCCGGGUUAAGGAGAGUCAGGCCGCGAACUUAGCAAGUCGAGGGUCUAUUUCAGGGGCUUAUAAGAGGCCUUUACUCGAGAGCACGGUUAUGCCAGCUGCUUCGUUAGAUGAGCCUACUCCCCGCCAUGAUCCUAAGCAGCCUGGGGCAUUGAUAAUGAAGCGGCCGGGCUCGGCGCCCAAGGGAAAGCGCAUAGUGGAUGUUGUUGUGGAUCCUAUUUUGGCAAAACAUCUCCGGCCGCACCAGCGCGAGGGCGUGAAGUUCUUGUAUGAGUGUGUUAUGGGGAUGCGAUCAUUCAAUGGCGAAGGCGCGAUUCUAGCUGACGACAUGGGUUUGGGAAAGACAUUACAGACCAUCACUCUGCUAUGGACUCUACUAAAACAGAAUCCGAUUUACGAGGCCGCUCCAGUGAUUAAGAAAGCUCUUAUUGUUUGCCCGGUCACAUUGAUAAAUAACUGGAGGAGAGAAUUCCGGAAAUGGCUCGGAAACGAGCGGAUUGGGGUCUUUGUUUUUGAUGAUAAGAGGAAGCGAUUGACUGACUUUACAAUGGGAAAAGCCUAUAGCAUCAUGAUCGUCGGCUAUGAGAAACUGAGGUCUGUGCAAGAGGGGCUGGCGCGUGGUAAUGGUGUCGAUAUCGUCAUUGCAGACGAAGGGCAUCGAUUGAAAACGCUCCAGAACAAAAGCGGGCAAGCUAUCCAAUCAUUAAACGCUACGAAGAGAAUAAUCCUCUCGGGUACACCUAUCCAAAAUGACUUGAAAGAAUUCUUUGCCGCAGUGGAUCUUGUCAAUCCAGGCGUCCUGGGAUCGUUCAAGUCCUUCAUCAAGGAGUUCGAGGGUCCGAUCGUGAGGAGUAGACAGCCUGAAGCUACCGAGAAGGACAUUGAAAAGGGAGAGGCCAGAAAUGAAGAGCUCCGAGAAUUAACAUCUCAGUUUAUGCUGCGGAGAACGGCCGAUAUCCUUGCAGAUUACCUGCCUCCGAAGACGGAAUAUGUGCUUUUUUGCAAACCAACCAAUACGCAGGCGAAGAUAUACCAGAACGUGCUUGCUUCGCCAGUCUUUCAGGGCGCCCUGGGUAAUUCCGAAAGUGCUCUGCAGCUGAUCACGAUCCUCAAGAAACUGUGCAAUAGUCCAUCUCUGCUUUCAUUAAAGGAUGCCAACGAAAAGCCGAGCGAGACCAUCGCUGCCAUCUUGUCAUCCUUGCCACCUAACCUUCUGCGUCACUUCUCCCCGUCAUGCAGUGCUAAGAUUCGCGUCCUAGACCAGCUACUCCACUACCUACGCACAUCAACCUCUGAAAAGGUUGUGCUUGUCUCAAACUACACUUCAACCCUGGAUCUUCUCGCCAACCUUCUAAGCUCUCUCUCGCUUCCUUUCCUCCGCCUUGACGGCUCCACUCCUGCGCAAAAGCGCCAAAGCCUCGUCGAGGACUUUAACCGCCACCCAGCGAGCACUUGCUUUGCAUUUCUCCUCUCCGCAAAGGCCGGAGGAACCGGUUUAAACUUGAUUGGCGCCAGCCGGCUCGUCCUCUUUGACGUAGACUGGAACCCUGCCACGGACAUUCAAGCCAUGGCGCGCAUCCACCGCGAUGGCCAGAAGCAUCACUGCCAUAUCUACCGUAUCCUUCUGCAGGGCAGUUUAGAGGAAAAGAUAUGGCAACGGCAGGUGACGAAGAUCGGGCUUGCGGAUAGCGUGAUGGAGCAUAAGGAUAGUGUCGCGCAGUUCUCGCGCGACGAACUUCGGGACCUCUUCAGGCUGGAUGUGGUGAGUAAAUGCCAGACGCAUGAUCUCCUAGCCUGCGGCUGCGGUGGGAAAGGGUAUUCCACCGCUUCAGGUAAUGACCAUACGCCUCAACAAGAACCGGAAGGACUCAGUGAAGAUGAUGACGAGUCAGACAUAUCCUGCCUAAAAUUUCCAACCCUUAUGAAAGCCACUGAAGUGAACAUGGAAGAACAAGAACGAUUUUUUGCAACAGGAGGCAGAGGCCCACGUGCGUCAGUAUUGACGAGUAAGAACUCUGGCAGCGGGAACACCAACAGCAGCAAGCAGAAAAUAAAAGAAAGCCUCUCUCACUACGUACACAUCGACCCCUCUCUUUUCAUGCCAUCGACAUCGACAUUGGAAAACUUUGGGGCUGGGGGUCUUGAUCAAGUCCUGGGGGAUGAGGUCUUGCGUUCUCUUUUAACAGACGAGGAGAACCGGGUGCAGUUUUUGUUUAAGAAGUCGACGGAGCCCGAGGUGAAGCAAACGCCUUUCGCGGCCGAUGAUGGCGCCGGGGCGACGCCCAAGUCCAGGACCAACUCCACGUGUAGAUCCGAACCCGAAGAUGGAGCCGAAGCUAGGGCAGGAAAUGGCACGGCGGACUCACCAGUGGAUUUAUCGGAUUAG